AUGGAGUCGCACGAUGCAAUGUCAAAGUCGCUGGCACAGGCUCUACCUCCACAACCUGCACUAACUUAUCAGAACAUUGAGCGUCUGUCCAUGACGCUUUGCACGGCUCCUGCGAAUGUGGAGACUAGCUUGAAAGCUAAAAUGCAGUUGGCCAUUCAGGCGGCUCAAGCCGAGCUUACGCAGAUAAAUGACGAGCAGCUUAAGUCAGCGCACCAGCAUAUCUGCCACGAAAUUCAUGAGUCAGAGCUCCGACUGGAGAAGGAAUGGCAGGUGCGGCUUGCCAGAAAGUCGUUGCUCUGGCAGAAGAUCGGCUACGUGAAAGAUAGCGCAUACGGGCUGCCCGACCGAAGUCACGUGCAUCGAGACGCUCUGCAAUGCUGUACGACGACGCUACCGUUCGACGGGUUCUCCGUGCAGCUCACGAAGGCCAAGAUUGGCGCGAUGUCGCGCCAUCGUCAAGCUAUUCUACGCGUCCCACCGCACCUCACCAUCAAGGCGCACCGUGAAAGCUACCUAAAGCUGGCUGCAGACCUCCUCGUACUCGAAGCUAUCACCCCAGAACUUUGCUACAAGUGCUCGUUGCACACCAUGAAGUUCCAUGCGCGUGCGAUCCAGAUGAAAGAUAUGCCUACGAUUGCCAUGUCAAUGUUUUGCGGGGACAGUCUCGUGCGCUUCGAGGUUACCAUUGUCCCCGCCACAGUGAAAGCUCGCUCUAUGUGA